AUGGCCACCGACAGCGGACCUGACCCCGACUUCGACAGCCAGUCGCCCGCAGCGCCCUCGCCCUCAGACCCCCAGGAACACGCCCGUCCGCGCAAACGCACCCGUCGAGCCUGCGACAAGUGCAGCACCUCCCGCACGCGCUGCAAUGGCGAGUACCCUUGCCGACGCUGUCAAGACUACGGAUAUACGUGUCGCUACAAUCGCGAGGUUAAGAAGCGUGGCCGCCUGCCCGCUUCAGCCUCCGCCAAUGCGUCUGCCCACGCUGACACCGUGGCACAUCCACUCGCGACGUAUGCCUCGGGACAACCAUCGUCACCGUCGCUUCUCUCACCGCCCGACAUCACGGUCAACCCGCCCGCCUCAUACAAGCCUACAUCCGAACCGCCCCCCGAGCAAACCGUCUCGCCGCUCCCCAGCGCGCAGCCCUACGAGCUCCAACCCGCCCACGAUGCGCGCUCGCAGCAGCGCAUCUCCGCUGCUCUCAACGUCUCUUCCCUGGUUCACCAAGCGCCGGCGGCGCAUCGAUACUCCCACGGUACGGCGGAUGGCCACUUCAAGAGGCCCCGCCUCCACUUGGGACCCGUCAUCGGCCCCGACGGCCAGCCUGACCCCGAAGUCCUCGUCUCCGACGACAGCGCCGGCUACCCAUCGCCCGCCAAUGGCCAGACGCCCAACGACUAUGGCCCCGGAUACCGGGGAUACCAGCCGCGGCCGUCUACCAGCAACCAUCACCGCCAUCGAGACUCGCUCGGCGGUGCUAGCGCGACCGAGACAAACUACGACUACGGCACCAAGGCCCCGACCGAAGAUUGCAGUUACAAGUUCCUGCAUCCCGUCCUCCCAUACAUCCGCAGCAUCAUACCGGCAUCCGUCGCCUGCGACCUUCUUGAGAUCUUCCUCACCGACCCGGGCAGCUCGCUCUUCCACGGCGCCUCCCCAUACAUCCUCACCCGAAUAUUUCGCAGACGCUCGAUCCUGCACCCAACCCAUCCGCGGCCGACCACCCCGGCGCUCCUGGCCACGAUACUGUGGUGCGUCGCGCAGACGGCCGACGUCAUGAUCCUCCACGUUCCCGGCACCAGGGCCAAGAUCGUCAACCAGCUGUACGAGCUAGCCACCUCGCUGGUGGCCGCGCGAGACCCGGAUCGGUGGCGGCGCAUCCACGGCGGCCUGCGCGCGGAGCACGAGGCUCCCCAUCCCACUGUGGCGACGGCGAGCGCCGUGCCGACCCUGACGGUCGCCAACGAGCCGGCGGGCGUCGUCGACGACGUCUUGACGUAUAUUCUGCUCUCCAUCGCCGUUUCCGGAGGGGACUUCAAGUCGGACAGCCACAAGUGGUGGUCCAAGGCGACGCGGUUGGCCUUUUCGCUCAAGAUGAACAGAGAGGAUGAGAGAUGUCCGGGACCGCUCUCGCCGUGCGCCAAUCCGCUAUGCGCAUGUCGUCGUGAGCAGGAGACGCUGACGCUGCAGUCUCUUGAGAACAGGGAGGAGCGUCGUCGCGUGUUUUGGCUACUGUAUAGUCUGGACAGGCACCUGUCUCUCUCAUUCAACACCAUUCUUAGCAUCCCGGACUCAUACUGCGAGGUCUUUACACCUUUACCGGAAUAUGUAUGGGAAAACCUCGAUUCCAUACCACUGAACGAGUUACCUGUCCGCCACGUAGGACCGCCCACGCAGGCCUCGGGUACCAGCUUCUUUGAGUCCUUUUUGCCGCUGAUGGCCAUUCUCGGCGACAUCAUCGAGCUUCACCACCGACGACACCACCCUCGCCUCGGCGGUCUCGACGACACGCAUUCUGUCGCGGUCAUCUCGAAGCUCCUCGCCGACUUUGAGAUGAGUCUGGAGAGUCUUGGCCGAGAGGGCCGGCGCGCGCUCAACGAGCCGACGGUGGGUAUCAACGGCGGCCUGCCCCCCAUGGACACGACGCAGCAACCUCGCGGCGACGACUCGCGCGUCGGUCUCGUCAAGGCCUACAGCACGCACAUCCUGCACGUGCUGCACGUGCUGCUGCACGGCAAGUGGGACGCCAUCUCCAUGCUGGACGACGGCGACGACUGGAUCACUUCGAAGCGGUUCACCGAGUGCGCCUCGCACGCCAUCUCCGCGUCACAGUGCGUCUCGGCGAUCCUCGCGACGGACCCAGAGCUCACCUUCAUGUCGUACCUGUUCGGCAUCUACCUGCUGCAGGGCAGCUUCAUCCUGCUGCUCUUCGCGGACCGCAUGCCGCAGCUGGGGCCGAACGAGUCGGUCGAGCAGGCCUGCGAGAACAUUAUCCGCGCGCACGAGGUGUGCGUGGUUACGCUUAAUACGGAGUUUCAGGCAAGUCUGGUCCAGAGGAAGAAGGCCCGGCGCGCGCCAGUGUGCCUCCCGGCGCUCCUGCGCGUUGAACAUGGCCUCAAUGGCGAUGCCCCGGCCAGCCGUGUACUCGACGCCCGGCGCAUCGCAUCCGUGGGCGGCGCGUCGUCAUCGUCGGGCAGGCAUUUGUCGUCGAUGACGAGGACGCUGGCGGGCACCCAUGGCGGGAAGCUGGGCGCGGAGGAUGCGCACGCAGGUGUCGUCGUUGUUACGCAUGAUCUGGCGGAAGUAGUAGACGCGGGCGUCUUGCGACGCCGGGGCAACUUUCCUCGGAUACCGGACACUCGCAAGAUUGAAGAGGAAAACAUCCCCGGUUACGUUUCCGCUAGAUACUACCCGACGCGCACCGGACAAGUACUUCAGGACCGCUACCAAGUUGUGGGAAAGCUGGGGCUACGGCGCUACCCUCUACCGUCUGGCUGGCGCGGGACAUGCAAUAAAUAUUGCCAACACCAAGGACGCCGCUCCGCGGUGAGACUUCCGCUAGACGCGUUCACCAUCCAUCGGGCCGGAGCCUGGGCACGAGCACCAGUGCCUUAUGAUACAUGCGCCGCUAUUCGAGAAUGUCUGCAGGUUUCUCCACCGAAACCCCAUCCAGAGACUGCCCAAGACAGUGCUUGCAUGCAUUCUCCAGCGUGUCUUCUUGGCCUUGGAUUAUCUACACACAGAUUGUCAGGUCAUCCAUCCGGUAAGAUAUGGGACCUCUUUGUAGGCUGCUUCCUCUUCACCGGCCAGGAUCCGGAGCUGAAUACGUACAGGCGCCGGGCCCACCUCGCCGAAAUCAUCGGCUUUCUUGGCCCUCCGCCGCCGGAUCUUGUCGCCCGAGGCCGUCUCAGCUACAAGUACUUUGCGGAUGGCGAAUUUCAAGGAAGCCCGUUGCACAUGUCCACACUGGAGCAAAGAGAGACGACGCUCGACGAUGCGGAGGACAAGGCGGACUUUUUACGCUUCAUGCGACGGAUGCUGCAGUGGGGGCCCGAAAAGCGUAGCUCUGCGAAAAGUCUGGCUCGCGAUGACUGGAUAGUCAGGCAGUUGGGGUAG